AUGUCUGCGAACCCCCGCAAACCUGGGACUCCAGGCAGUGCGAGCAAAUCCUCCACUACGGACAACAACACAGUCAAUGGAACGCCGUCGCGAGUUCAUUCUCGAUCCCCCAGUGCUUCUACAAACGGUCUAUCCCGAUCGCCUUCCCUCCGUGGCUCGACUCCGGUCUCUGCGCGCGCUGCAGCCCGGAAGCCCGGUCGGUCCAACCUCAGCAUGUCCAAUGUACCCAAGGUAGCGGCCGAUCCGUCCGAGGAAGAAGCUCGGGCUCAGAAUGCAGCUCUGAUUGAAGAGUUGAAGGAGCAGUUGCAAAAAGCUGAGAGUGCUUCGGAGCAGUACCGCAAGCAACUCGGUGUCCUGCAAAUGCGCCUCGACGAAGCGAUCAGCGAGCAGGGCAAGCUGGAGGACCAGGCUCAUGAGAAGGACAGCAAGAUUGAAGCUCUCAACGGUGAAAUCAGAGAACAAAUUCGCCAAAUUCGAGACCUAGAACAGGCACACGAGUUGGAACGGAAUGCCAUGCUGCAGGAGAAGGAGCAGCACCUGAGCCGGGAGGAAGAAAUGCAGGCGACCAUCCAGCGCUUGAAAGACACGUUGGCUCAGAAGGAGAUGCGAAUCAACGCUGACAACGAGAAGAAUGUUUCUCGCUCUUCCAGUUUCCGGAAUCGGUCCUCGCCAGAGGUGGAUGGGCAGUUCGCGCCUUCAUCCCAGAUCGAGCGGAGCCCAUCGCGAAACAAUUCGAAGCUGCUUUUGCAGAAGGACAAACUGAUCGAGUCUCUCCGUCUCGAGUUGGCUGAAUCCCAAAUCAAGCUCGUGGAGAUGGAGAACAAAGGCGGUGGCCGGCAACACGAAUUGGAGAAGGAGCUUUUGGAAGCCCGGAUGGCUAAUGCUCGUUUGAUGGAGGACAAUGAGAGUUAUCAGCUACUCUUGAGCGAACGAACAUUGAAUGGGGACUUCACCAAAGGUGACUUCAUGCGGGAAGCCUACCCCGAAUCUGAUGAGGGGCAGGAACCCAGCAGUGGAUUGGGCUCUCUGGCUGACGAGCUCGAGUCAGUGGAUGCCAAAGCGGAAACCGACAAUACCCGUAAACUCGAAACGGAGAUCAAGGUGCUCAAGGACCAGAACAAGGCCCUGACCCUGUACAUUGAGCGCAUUAUUAGUCGUCUCCUGCAACAUGACGGCUUCGAAACCAUCCUGGACAAAAAUGAAACCGAUCCUCCAGCCACCGCUAAGCGGGUAUCUUCAAUCGACAAGGACCUGCCCCCGACGCCUCCAGAGAAGGAUGACCCAUCUUCCCAGACUUUCCUGCAGAGAGCCAAGUCGGUAGUCGCCGGCCAACCCAAUCGUCCUCAGCAUAGAUCUCGCCCGUCUACUAACAUGCCACCCCCGACGAGUCUCCCAACGGCUCACGAAAACCCCGAAACGGCACCGAGCAUUCCCAUCAAUCGGGCACAGCGUGGCCAUCGCCGCACUCGAUCAGAUCAAGCGGAUGUUGCAGCGGCAACUGUUGUCGGCCAGAUCUAUCCUGGACGCAACUCUGGCGGGCCUAUGAGCCCAACCUUCAUGGGCCCCGGUUCUCGCCAGAGUGUCUUUUCAGGGGCAAGCUAUAUGUCAAGCAUGAGUACCCGUGCGCCGUCCCUCUCCAGCCAGCCAGAGCGAGGCCGAAUGAGUAGCUCGAACAGCGUUACCAGUGACCCGCAUGAUACGGCUUCCACUGGAGCGACCUCCAAUUCACCACGCUCCAGCACCGGCAUGACAAACUACACUGGAGCAGUCAUGACUCAGAAUAAACUACGCCCACUGCGGCUGGUCAGUGAGACAAAGGCGGCAGAGGACGAGGAGGCAGCUCGGAAAAAAGCGAACCGGGGAAGCUGGAUCUCGUGGUUCAAUCGUCCAAAUACCGGUGACGCAGCGCAACAGCAAACAUGA